AUCAUCAGUUUCUUCCAUUUGUUUCAUCAUGGAUCUUGCACGUUAUCUCGGUUUACGACGGAAGACUACCGGCAGUCACAACAGUACUCACGCAGCGCAUCGAAGAGACAGAACUUGUCUGCCCCUACUUGCAAGUCCGAUUAACGGAGAUGUCCUUGAGGUAGUAUCGGGUAACUCUUCAGAUCUGGAGAAAGUCAAUACCCACACAAGUACACUUGACAGUUCAAAUGACACGAAUACUACAUUUGCUGGGAACGGCAGAACGAGCCGCGGGAAUAUCAUCAUGUACAAACAACAUACUGAAGCCAGUACGAUUGAGCUCUUUUACGAUCUCUUCUUCGUUGCGAACCUUGCAUACUUUACAACUAUGCAUCAGCAUACCGACGCAGAAUGUGUGCACAGCUGUCACGUUCCGGGUGCACUGGCUAAUAGACUACCAGCACUCAUCAACUACAUGAAGCUCUUUACAUUGAUGUGGUUUACCUGGCUGAGCGUCACACUUUUCGACGUACGCUUCAGCAUCGAUUGUGUAUGGGACCGCUUUCACAAAUCUAUACAGUUCGGCAUAUUCACAGGCUUUGUGUAUGCCGGCCCUGUAUUCGACAAGUACAACACCAGCGGUGUCGAAGAAUCGUAUCGAAGUUUUGCUAUCGUACUCGUCAUCGGCAAAAUCGCAAUCCCUGCCCAAUACGCUGUGGUUAUGUGGCAAGGCCGCACAUAUCGUCAGACCUUGAUUCUGUUAGGUCUCAGUGCAAGUGUUCAUGCUGCAGCGUCAAUAGGCUAUACCGUCACCAUGGUCGCUUUCUCAGAGGGCCGUGUUGGUCUUGAAGAACAGCUUGCAUGGGUCAUCAUAUCCAUCAUUGAAGGCGUUCUUAUCUUUCUUAUCGCCAUGAUAUGGCGCAUCAUCAGGUUCGAAUACACUCAUCUAGCGGAGCGGCUGCAACUGCUCACCCUCAUCAUCAUUGGGCAGGGUGUCAUGGUGUCAUCGGCAUGGCCAAGAGCGUGGCAUGCAUCACUAAGGGUCAGACGAGCAAAAACAUAAGCGAGACUGGAACAGUCGUCGUGGCCAUACCCCUCUUGUACCUUCUCUGGAUGCUGUACUUCGAUCAGCUUUCACACGAUCGUUUCGGAACCGUGCGGCAGCAAGUAUGGGCCCUGUUACAUUAUCCACUGCAUUCAGCAGUCCUACUCUGCGUCGAAGUCAACACCUCUCUCAUCGUAUGGACCUCAGCCGUGCAAGCUCUCAAGUAGAUAUGGUCUAUCAAACCCAAGAAUUACUCCGACCCAGCCAAUACCUACUCCGACACGGACAGCUACGUCAGCUAUCUCAAUCAAAUCAUGACCGCUAUGAACGGGAGAUUCAAGAGCAAAUACUGGAACACCACGAACAAUUGGAACAGAAACUUUACUGCGAUCGAAAAUUGCACUGCAACAUACGGCUUU